AUGUUCCUGUUUCCAUUACUCCCUGUCUUUCUCCUGAGUGUGGUGACAGUGGCCUCAGAAACAAAAACAUGUGAGGAUGCCCAGAAGACCUGCUCUGUGAUUACCUGUGGGAUCCCUGUCACCAACGGCACUCCAGGCAGAGAUGGGCGAGAUGGACUCAAGGGAGAAAAGGGAGAGCCAGGUCAAGGGCUCAGAGGUUUGCAGGGCCCUCCAGGGAAACUGGGGCCUCCAGGAAAUACAGGGGCACCUGGGGCUCCAGGACCAAGAGGCCAAAAAGGAGAUCGUGGAGAUAGUUCGGCUGCUGAGACUAAACUGGCUAACUUAGAGAGAGAGAUAAGGAACCUGAAAUCAGAAUUGGACCACAUCAAAAAGUUGCAAGCCUUCUCUUUGGGCAAAAAGUCUGGAAAGAAGUUCUACGUGACCAAUGGUGAAAAUAUGCCUUUUUCCAAAGCGAAGGCUUGGUGCACAGAGCUCCAGGCCACUGUGGCUGCCCCCAAGAAUGCUGAGGAGAACAAGAACAUCCAACAGGUGGCCAGAGACAAUGCCUUCUUGGGUAUCACAGAUGAGGUUACAGAAGGCCAGUUUAUGUAUGUGACAGGAGGGAGGAUAACCUACAGCAACUGGAAGGCGAGUGAGCCUAAUAACUAUGGCUCAGGGGAGGACUGUGUGAUUCUCUUGAAGGAUGGACUCUGGAAUGAUGUUUCCUGCUCGUCCUCCUACCUGGUUGUCUGUGAGUUCCCAGCCUAA